UGGGGUUUGGGGGUGGAAUCUGAUAACCAGGACUGGUGCAACUCAGAUUAAUCAACCCACAGAAAGAAGAUGCCUGGGAGUACAGGAAUUUUCCCCGCACUGCGGGCCACCAUCCUCCUCUUGCUGUCUGCAGCCUCCUUGGGACCUCGGUGCCAGGCCACCCUAUGGGUGCACAGUGGCCCAACGUCAGUGACAGUGAGCCCUGGGGAAGACGUCCACCUACAGUGCCUGCACAAUGGCAGCAACUCCAACAUCACUUGGUGGCACAUCCUCCAGGGCAACUAUACAUGGAAAUCUAUGUUCAUGGGUCAGACCAAACUCCCCAAGGGCGAACUGAUCAUCGAGAAUGUGAACAAGAGCCACAAGGGCAUAUACCGCUGCCGCGUAGAAGACCAGGGGAAGACAGGGUACUCCUGUGGCACCUACCUCCGAGUGCGUGAUCCAACCCCCAGACCCUUCCUGGCUAUGGGAGAGGGCACCAAGAAUCGCAUCAUCACAGCGGAGGGUAUCAUCCUGCUGUUCUGUGCAGUGGUGCCUGGGACGCUGCUGCUGUUCAGGAAACGCUGGCAGAACGAGAAGUUUGGGAUGGACCCCCAGGAUGACUAUGAGGAUGAAAAUCUUUAUGAGGGCCUGAACCUUGACGACUGCUCCAUGUACGAAGACAUCUCCCGGGGCCUCCAGGGCACCUACCAGGAUGUGGGCAACCUCCACAUUGGAGAUGUCCAGCUGGAGAAGCCAUGACCACCCCCACAUACAUCAAGAAGGCCCUGCCUGCUGUGUGCCCCCUCCAGCGCCUCCUCUCACACCCCUAGCACAUUCCUUCUCCUUCUCUCUGGGAGCUCCCAGCCCCCAGUGUCCCAAUCCCCACCUCAACCUCUGUGUGUGUGUGUGUGUGUGUGUGUGUGUGUGUGUGUGUGGUCUUUCCCAGGCUCCCUCCCCAGUGGGUAAUGAGCCCUUAAUCGCUGCCUCUAAGGGAGCUGAUUGCAGCAGCUCUUACUGUCGCCCCCCUCCUCCCAGAUCUGUCACGGCCACUUAGUGAUAAUAAAUCCUUCCCAACUGCA